UUCACUAAGUGCAUUUGAACCAAGCAAAAAUAAUCUGGAAGUCUGGUAAAGGAUCUUUUGCAAUAAAUAAAGUCAGUAGAACUAUUUCACUGCCCGGUUCACGGCUGCAGUUUAAGUGUAACACUUUUGCCUGCGAGUUUCACUGAGGUAGUUUAUUUGCAACUUUCACAUUCGCUGUAAGUUUCACUGCUACUUCUCUCAAACUUCACAUUUCAAUGCAGGAGGUUCUGCUGCAUGUUUACAAGUGCGGCAGUUUCAUUCAGAAGUCUCACAUCGAUAUUCCAUAAGCGUGCACAAGUUGAAUUAUCUCUCCCCUAGUCUGUGUGGAGAUUCCGCGGGCCUCUGUUAUUAACACUCGCUCCAUCGGACUAGGACACGAAUUCCCGGGAUACAGGUAGGAUGCGGAUAAACCUUAAAACCAACCAAUGCACUGACUGGAGAUCUCGAGGGGCUUUGGAGCAGCGGUGGAGUGUAUGUGUGUCUGUCUGACUGUGUCUCGAUGGGGGUGGGGUCGCUGGAUCCUUACAGAGGGGGGGACACGUGUCCAGUAGGGUGUCGAAGUAAUGGGGCUGUAGGUGGAUCUAUUUAAUGUUUACUCUGUUACAGCGUUCAGCUCAGUGCACCAGGCGGGAGGCUGCGGAGCGCACGGGUCGCGCUGAUGGUGGAGAGCCUGGUGCCUGGAAGAGUGGGGUUGAGAGCAGGAUGAGCAGUUUGUAGUCACUGUGAUGACUUGCUCGGGCUGCCUUUGCCUUCUGCUCCUGACUUGGGAUAUACCGACACCCGCUGUACCUUCUCCGGCUUCUUGCCCAAACCUGACUGAGGGAUUCCGGCGUCCCUACCCUUGCCGAGGUGACAUCGUCUGAAGAUGCGGCUCGCUGCCGCCCGCUGGCCUCGCCUCCGCGGCCGUCAGCUGCUCUGUUUCGCCUUGGUUCUUCUGACCCAGCUCGCCGUCUCGCCGUCUCUGCUGACAGGUUCCGUGGCCGGUUGUGAGGAGGAAGGAGCCGUGAUAGAGAUCCCACUGAUCACAGACAACCCCUGCAUCUCCUGUCGGUGUCUGAACAAAGAGGUGCGAUGUACCAGAGAGAAGUGUCCCCCACUGCCCAAGCACUGUGCACUCGUCAUUAAACAGACCGGAGCCUGCUGCGAGAAGUGCAAAGAGUGUGUGUUGGAUGGGAAGGUAUACAACAGCUCCAAAGACUGGCUUGUCCCUUCCAAACCCUGCUUGACCCAGACCUGUCAGGAGGGUGUUAUUACUGAGUCAGAAGUGCUGUGUGUGGUCCACUGCAAGCAUCCCAUCCAGCCCAGGCAUGGCUGCUGCCCAGUGUGUCCGGGUUGUGAGUUUGGUGGACACCACUACCGGGAAGGGGAGCAAUUCUAUCCGGAUGGAGACCAUUGUAUUAAAUGUUCCUGCACGGGUGGCGCACUGCACUGUGUCCGUGAGGUCUGCCCCAUUCUCUCCUGCCCGCAUCACCUCAGCCGAGUGCCGACUGGAAAAUGUUGCCCCCGGUGCUUUGGUCAGAGACGCGUGUUUGACCUGAGUGCCAGGAGCUGCUUGUUUCACAGUAAGGUCUACGAGCAUCAAACCUCGAUUGCCUAUGAUAACUGCACCUCGUGUGUGUGCAAGGAUUCCAGCGUAAUCUGCAGGAAGCACUGUUCUCCCCCCGGGUCCUGUCGGGAUCGGGGUCAGUGCUGUGAGGAAUGUCUGUCCUACAUUUCCGCUGAGCAGUUCAAACUUUGUCGAGUUGGGAACAGGGUCUACAAGGAUGGGGAAAUGUGGUCAGCAGUUAACUGCUCGCUGUGUGUGUGCAAGAAGGGAGUGACAGAAUGUCGGAGGAAGGAGUGUCCCCCCGUCAAGGAUUGUCCAGUGGGAAAGACCAUCAACAGGAAUGGGUGCUGUGCAAUUUGUACUGAAAAACCCGGCGUCUGUACAGUGUUCGGUGACCCCCAUUAUAACACCUUUGACGGAAGGGCCUUUAACUUCCAAGGGACGUGCCAGUACGUUCUGGUGAAGGACUGCUCCCGCGCUGCCAGUUUCCAGGUGCUUGUGGAGAACGACGCUCGGCGCACACAGGCCUACUCUUGGACCAGGUCGAUCGACCUGGUGCUGAGCACGGGGACCGUCAGCCUGCUCCAGCACCUCACCGUGAAGAAGGAUGGGGUGAAGCUCGCACUGCCCUAUCAGGGUCAAAACCUUUCCAUUCAGCUGGAGGGCUACUUGCUGAAAGUAAUGACAGCAGUAGGUAUUGAGAUCUCGUGGGAUGGAGACAGUUUUGUCGAGGUUAUGGCAGCUCCCUCACUGAAGGGCAAACUCUGCGGUCUGUGCGGAAACUACAACGGACACAAACGGGAUGACCUGAUCGGUGGAGACGGCAGUUUCAAGUUUGAUGUGGAUGCCUUUGCUGAGUCGUGGCGUGUGGAGAGGAACAAAGUGUGUAAACAGGCCCAGCGAAGGCUCUGGCCUCACGUCUGCUCUGGGACUGUGAAAGUCAAGUUCCGUGCUCACAGAGAGUGCCAGAGACUCAAAUCCUGGCCCUUCAAGAACUGUCAUUCCAAGGUCGAUUAUGUCUUGUUCUACAGAUCCUGUGUCACUGACAUGUGUGAGUGCCCCAUGCACAAGAAUUGUUACUGCGAGUCUCUAAUUGCCUACACACGGGCCUGUCAGAGGGAAGGUGUGCAUGUGCACUGGAAGCCAGAGAUGAGCUGUCUGGCGACUCAGUGUAAGCACGGCGCUGUGUACAACACGUGCGGACCAGGCUGUCCGAAGACCUGUGAAAACUGGAAUGAAAUCGGCCCUUGCAAUAAGCCAUGUGUGGCAGGCUGCCACUGCCCUGCAAACUUGGUGCUUCACAGAGGACAGUGCAUCAAGCCAUCCUUGUGCCCCCGGUGAACAGCCCAAGAAUCCAUGAGGUAAAUAAGGUAAUCAGAACGCAAAUCUGGGGCAGCCGAAACCCACACUGCAUCUCCAACACAGACAAGAAGGGAACAAAGGAGCAUGCUGUUUUUUUCUGGAAUGAGCGCACGGAGAGUACGCCAUUGGACAGUAUAUGUGAAAAAGUGUGCCAUGUACACAAGCAAACUGAAACCUUAAAUUAAUACAAGAUCAAAUGGAAUGAUUUAUUUUAGUAUUCUAUGCAUUUUAGUACUCUAAAAACACACCUCCCUUGCUUCUGUGUGUGCGCUGAAGAGUUUGCUGGUUUAAGAGUGAAUGGAUGAACUCAGCAGGGAUUUCCAGUGUCAUCCUCUUCCUCAGCUGCAGGACGAGUUAUUCAACUUCUUUUUCUCAGCUGAAGCAGAAAGCAAAGGUGCCUGGCCUUGGGCCAAUUGAACUGGUUCUCUUGUGAUGCUCCAGGUGGAGACGUGACCAGGAAGUAGGGCACGGACUAUGAGCUACCCCAGUGUCACUGCCCCACAGAAUGGCUGCACCUUUGGACCAGAGUUGCUUCCUACCCAACACCCUUGGGUGUUUCCAAACAAAUGGGUGACUUUUAUGACUCCAGACAGCUGCUGAGAUUAGCUGUCAUCCUGGUAUGUGUGGGGGGGGGGGAGUAGGCAACAAGUUUUAUUCCUUUAUACUGUUGUCCUCUGCAUUAGUCCUAGGAA